UCAUGGACAUAGCUUUAAUUAUCUUUGCCUGACGCCCAAUACCUGAAAAUUCAGAUGUUCAUGCAAGAUAAAGAGGUAAUUUUUUUCCUCCUCCCAGUCGUCACUCGUAGCAUCCGGCUAAGCGGCUCUCCACCUUGCUCAUUUUGGUCUAACUGGAUUUACACAAAUUCACUGUGCACGUGCCUGGGGCCCGCAAACCCGGAAAAGACGCCGAGUCCCGCGGGAUCCAGGAGGCACCAACUGCGCCGGAGGUGGGGUUUCGGCCGACAGAUCUCUCUGGACCGCAUUCGUCGCCUUCUCGUCCUCAUGGUGGACAAGAAACUGGUGGUGGUUUUCGGAGGCACAGGUGCCCAGGGUGGCUCUGUGGCCCGCACACUCCUGGAAGAUGGGACAUUCAAGGUUCGAGUGGUGACCCGAAACCCUAGGAAGAAGGCAGCAAAGGAGCUGAGGCUGCAAGGUGCAGAAAUAGUGCAGGGAGACCAAGAUGACCAGGUCAGCAUGGAGCUGGCCCUGAAUGGGGCCUACGCCACCUUCAUCGUGACCAAUUACUGGGAGAGCUGCAGCCAGGAGCAGGAGGUCAAGCAGGGGAAGCUGCUUGCUGAUCUGGCCAGGCGCCUGGGCCUCCACUAUGUGGUCUACAGCGGCCUGGAGAACAUCAAGAAGCUGACGGCAGGGAGAUUGGCCGCCGCGCACUUUGACGGCAAAGGGGAGGUGGAGGAAUAUUUCCGGGACAUUGGCGUUCCCAUGACCAGUGUGCGGCUGUCCUGCUAUUUUGAGAACCUCCUCUCCCACUUCUUGCCCCGGAAAGCCCCAGACGGAAAGAGCUACUUGCUGAGUAAGGAGGAUGGGACCCGAGCAUUCCAUUCCACAAGCCACACCCAGACACUUGCCAGCCUCCCCAUCUACGAAACCUCAGCCUGGAAGGUUGCGAGUCAUUCAUUCAUUCAGGAUUUAUCACAGACGUGCUGCUCUAGGCCAGCCGUUGGUGUCCGGUUAAUCAGGAUUCCUGGCUUGCCCACAGGUGACGUUCCCAUGGAUGGCAUGUCCGUGUCCGACCUGGGUCCUGUGGUGCUCAGCCUGUUGAAGAUGCCAGAAAAAUACGUCGGCCAGAACAUCGGGCUGAGCACUUGUAGGCACACGGCCGAGGAGUACGCUGCCCUGCUCACCAAGCACACCGGCAAGGUCGUGCACGAUGCCAAGAUGACUCCUGAGGACUACGAAAAGCUUGGCUUUCCCGGUGCCCGGGACCUGGCCAACAUGUUCCGUUUCUAUGCCCUGAGACCUGACCGUGACAUACAGCUGACCCUGAGACUCAACCCCAAGGCCCUGACGCUGGACCAGUGGCUGGAACAGCACAAAGGGGACUUCGCCCUGCUGUGACUUGCCCGCCUUGUGGCCCCUUGUGGGGGGUCAGGAGCACCAGAGGGGCAGAGGCAGCAACAUCUGAAUAAAGCCAUUGUUCUCCCAGA